GUACCGCCCGGCCCCGCCUGCGCGUGCCACCGGGACCGCGUGGUGCUUGCUGUGGCGCAGAAGCUUCGGCGGCAGCAGAGAAGAGCGAAGCAGCGGCCGGGGAUAAAUCGCUCGUCCGCCAUGAGGCCGCCGAAAGUGGUGCCGUGGCGGCGGCUGGUUGGUGUCUCCUUCGGGAUGUACACGGCCGAGGAGAUUAGGAAACUGAGUGUAAAAGCCAUAACAAAUCCUCAGUAUUUGGAUAAUAUGGGGAAUCCAGCCAGUAAUGGACUGUAUGACUUGUCUUUGGGACCUCCAGACUCCAAGGAAGCGUGUGCAACUUGCAUGCAGAACUUCAGGAACUGCCCUGGUCAUUUUGGCCAUAUAGAACUGCCUCUGACUGUCUACAACCCUCUGUUUUUUGAUAAAUUAUACCUUCUAAUUCGAGGUUCGUGUUUAAAUUGUCACAUGCUGACGUGUGCUCGAGCUGUGGUUCACUUACUGCUAAGUCAGCUGAAGGUUCUGGAGAAGGGGUUGCUUCAUGCCGUUCAUGAUCUUGAAGUCAUUCUGAACAGGUUUUUAGAGCAAUGUGCAGAUGCAACAGGUUCAGAAAUCGAAGAAGAGUUAAAUCGCCACGUUCAGGAAAUAUUACAAAAUUCUCAAAUAAGGGAUCAGUGUUCGAAUGUAAAAAACGUGUGCGAGUGUAGAAAUAAACUGAUAACACAGUUCUGGAAAGCACAUAUGAGUUCAAAGAAAUGCCCAAACUGCAAAUCUAGGAGAUCACUAGUGCGAAAAGAGCAUAACAGCAAACUGACAGUAACCUAUCCUUCUACAGUGUACCGUAAGUCUGGAGAGGAAGGCAUUCUGGAUGAACCAGCAGGUAUUGAGGAAAGCCAGUUAGGUAAGAGAGGGUACCUGACACCGAUGACUGCCAAGGAAUACGUCCUGGCUCUGUGGAAGAAUGAAGGUUUCUUUUUGCGUUAUCUCUUCCCUGGGAUGGAUCCCCAUGACAGUUCAGGAUUCAGUCCAGACAUGUUUUUUUUAGAUCUACUUGUGGUUCCUCCUUCAAGGUAUCGUCCUGUGAAUCGUCUUGGAGACCGACUGUUUACAAAUGGUCAGACUGUGAACUUGCAGGCUGUCAUGAAAGAUGUGAAACUGAUACGGAAGCUCUUGGUUUUCAUGGCAAAAGAGCAAUGUCAGCCAAUAAAAAUUGCAGAAGAAAUACAAACGGAGACAGGAGAGAAUAAUGAACCUCUCGACCAUUCUGUCCUGACAAUGAUAACAGGACAGACCAUUGCAGAUAAGCUGUACAAUGCUUGGAUUCGUCUUCAGAGCCAUGUCAACAUUGUAUUUGAUAGUGAUAUGGACAAACUAACAACAGAAAAAUACCCUGGUAUUCGUCAGCUAUUAGAGAAGAAGGAAGGACUGUUCCGCAAGCACAUGAUGGGAAAGCGUGUGGAUUUCGCUGCUCGAUCAGUCAUUUGCCCCGAUAUGUACAUUGGUACCAAUGAGAUUGGCAUUCCUAUGGUAUUUGCUACCAAACUGACUUACCCUCAGCCAGUCACUCCCUGGAAUGUCAAAGAGCUGAGGCAGGCUGUCAUAAAUGGCCCGAAAGUUCACCCUGGGGCCUCCAUGGUCAUUAAUGAAGAUGGAUCUCGUACAGUGUUGAGUGCAAGCAGCCUGACCCAGAGGGAAGCCAUAGCCAAGCAACUCCUCACUCCUUCUUCAGGAGCACCCCAGUCAGGACUGAAGAUUGUAUGUCGACAUAUUAAAAAUGGAGAUGUCCUUUUACUGAACCGCCAGCCCACUCUUCAUAGACCCUCCAUCCAAGCUCACCGGGCCCGAAUCCUGCCUGGAGAAAAAGUGCUGAGGCUUCACUAUGCCAACUGCAAGGCUUACAAUGCUGAUUUUGAUGGCGAUGAAAUGAACGCCCAUUUUCCACAGAGUGAGCUGGGUAGAGCAGAAGCCUACACCUUAGCUUUUACUGAUGAACAGUAUCUGGUUCCAAAGGAUGGGAAGCCACUUCCUGGCUUAAUCCAGGAUCACAUGAUUUCUGGAGUCAGCAUGACAAUCCGGGGCUGCUUUUUCACCAGAGAGCAAUAUAUGGAGCUUGUUUACCGAGGACUAACAGACAAAAAAGGAAGAAUUAAAAUCCUUCCCCCUGCCAUUAUGAAACCACAGAGAUUAUGGACAGGAAAGCAGGUUGUUUCUACAUUGUUAAUAAACAUCAUUCCAGAAAAACAGCUCCCACUGAAUUUGACUGGGAAAGCUAAGAUUGGUGGAAGAGCCUGGGUAAAGGGACCUGCAAACAGAUGUCUAAAUCUUGAUUCAAUGUGUGAAUCUCAGGUUAUUAUUAGAAAUGGGGAAUUACUGUGUGGAGUCUUGGACAAAGCUCACUUUGGCAGCUCUGCCUAUGGCCUUGUCCACUGUUGCUAUGAAAUCUAUGGGGGUGAAACCAGUGGGAAAGUGCUAACAUGUCUAGGACGCCUCUUUACUGCUUAUCUGCAGCUGUACAGGGGAUUUACAAUGGGGAUUGAAGAUAUUUUGGUUAAACCUGAAGCAGACCACAGAAGAAAAAAAAUCAUUGAAAAGUCAAGCCAGCAUGGUAUUGAAGCUGUUAGAGCUGCUCUUAAUUUGCCAGAAACAGCAUCAUGUGAGGAGGUCCAAGGAAAAUGGCAGGAUGCCCAUCUCUGCAAAGACCAGAGGGAUUUUAACAUGGUUGAUAUGAAAUUCAAAGAGGAAGUAAACAGUUACAACAAUGAAAUUAACAAGGUUUGUAUGCCCCUUGGUCUCCACAGGAGCUUUCCAGAGAACAAUUUGCAGUUGAUGGUACAGUCAGGAGCCAAAGGAUCCACUGUAAAUACAAUGCAGAUUUCUUGUUUGCUGGGCCAGAUUGAGUUGGAAGGUCGAAGACCUCCGCUGAUGGCAUCUGGCAAGUCACUGCCAUGUUUCCAGCCUUAUGAUUUUUCCCCUAGCUCAGGAGGAUUUGUGACUGGCAGAUUUCUCACUGGGAUCAAACCUUCUGAAUUCUUCUUUCACUGCAUGGCUGGCAGGGAAGGUCUUGUGGAUACAGCUGUGAAAACCAGCCGUUCUGGAUACCUGCAAAGGUGUAUCAUAAAACAUUUGGAAGGACUGGUAGUUCAGUAUGACCUGACUGUACGAGAUAGUGAUGGCAGUGUGGUGCAGUUUCUGUAUGGAGAAGAUGGGCUUGAUAUCCCUAAAACUCAGUUCUUGCAACCCAAGCAGUUCCCUUUCAUUGCAGAUAACUAUGAGGUAAUCCAGAAGGCAAACCAUCUGGAUGAAGCUUUAGCAAGGAUGGAGUCUCACCAAGCUAACGAGCAGUUCAAAGCCAUCAAGAAGUGGCGAGCCAGGCACCAAAACUCGGUGCAAAGAGAAGGGGGUUUUCUGAUGUUUUCACAAAAGAAAAUGGCAAGUGUAAAAGCACAGAUUCCAGGAGGAGAAAUCAAAAAUGGAAGAGAUCCUGCUACUUUACAGUUACUGAAGAUGUGGUAUGAACUAGAUGAGAAGAAACGAAGAAAGUAUCUGAAGAAGACAAAUAAGUGUCCUGACCCAAGCCUCGGUGUUUGGCGUCCAGAUACUUAUUUUGCAUCUGUUUCAGAAACAUUUGAAAAUGGAGUCGAAGAUUAUAUCAACAGAUGGCAAUCUGAGAACAGUCAAAGUUAUAUGCACCCAGCACUUUCUUCUGAUAGAUUAAAGGAUUUGUUGUAUUUAAAGUGGCAGCGAUCUCUUUGUGACCCAGGAGAAGCUGUAGGUCUUCUUGCAGCUCAGAGUAUUGGGGAACCUUCCACACAGAUGACUCUGAACACCUUCCACUUUGCUGGCAGAGGUGAAAUGAAUGUCACGUUGGGUAUUCCAAGGUUGCGGGAAAUAUUGAUGGUGGCCAGUGCAAAUAUUAAAACACCAACAAUGAGUGUUCCUGUGUUUAAUACCAAGAAAGCUCUCAAGAAGGUGAAACAGCUUAAGAAAAGGCUCACAAGAGUGUGCUUAGCUGAGGUCUUACAGAAAGUUGACAUAGAGGAAUCCCUGCGUGUGGAGUGCAAGCAGAACAAACAUCGCCUCUACAAAAUCAAAUUCCAUUUCUUGCCUCAUGAAUAUUACCGAGAGGAAAAGUGUGUGAAGCCCAGGGAGAUCUUGCACUUCAUGGAAAGAAGGUUCUUCAAAAUUUUGCUGGAAGCAAUUAAAAGGAAGAAUGCAAAGAUGGCAUCUUUUACUGAAGUCAGCACCCGGAAGGCAACUCGGAAAGAUUUAGAUGGUGAUCAAGACAAGACACAGAAUAAUCCUUCAGCAGAGGAAGAAGAGAACAUUGUUGACGCGGAAGCUGAUGAAGGGGAUGGUGAUGCUACAGAAGCAAAACGGAAGAAGAACCAGGAAGAAGAGGUUGAUUAUGAAAGCGAAGAAGAGGAUGGGGAAGAAAACAUUGAUGAAAAUCUAGAAGAUGAAGAUGCUGAAUCAGAAAAAGAAGAAAGGACUCCUGGUGCUGAAGAAGAUCAGAAUGAAGCAGAUGGUGGUGAUUCUCAACAUCUUUCCUUUAUGUCUCAGACUAAAAAAGAGAAAGAUCGAUUACUUCAGUCAGCACAGUUGCGAGUGAAUGCUGUUCUAGAGAGCCACCCGUCAAUACAGGAUUACACAUUUGACACUGAAAAUGAACUUUGGUGUGAGGUUUCAUUGGCGCUUCCGUUGAUGAAGGUUUACUUCGAUAUCUCCUCCUUGCUUGUCUCUCUCGCACGAAGCACAGUCAUUCAUGAAGUGAAGGGGAUCACACGAUGCUUGUUGAAUGAAAGUACCAAUAGGCAAGGAGAGAAGGAACUUGUUCUGAACACCGAAGGGAUAAACCUUGCAGAGCUGUUCAGAUACUCUGAUAUUUUGGACCUGAACAGACUUUAUUCCAAUGAUAUUCAUGCCAUGGCUAAGAAUUAUGGAAUUGAGUCUGCCCUGAGGGUGAUAAUAAAGGAAAUAAAAGAUGUAUUUGCUGUAUAUGGCAUUGUGGUAGACCCUCGUCACCUUUCACUUGUGGCAGAUUACAUGUGUUUUGAAGGAUUUUAUAAACCGCUGAAUCGUUUUGGAAUUCAGUCCAACUCCUCUCCUCUGCAACAGAUGACGUUUGAAACCAGCUACAAAUUCUUGAAGGAGGCAACAAUGAUGGGCGCCCAUGAUGAACUGCGAUCCCCUUCUGCGUGCCUAGUGGUUGGAAAAGUUGUGAAAGGAGGGACUGGUUUGUUUGACCUCAAGCAACCCCUUACAUAGUAUUUUGGUUAGGAUUCUGACUACAACGUUCAUUGUAAGAUACGUAUGCUCUCUGGCUAUGCAACAAGGGCACAUACUUUGUCCCCAGUUAUCUUCCCUGUGCCAAUAGGUUUGUUAAUCUGGAUACCUGAUGAGCCUAAUCUAUUUAGUGAGAAUGUCUGCACCUAUAGGAGCUAUCCUUUGAUCCAAAGAAAUGUUUAUUUACUGUUCAUUAAUGUAAAAAGUGAGAUUAUUGGUUUACACAGAAGAGAAUAAAAUGAAGGAGGCCAUCUGGGUCUCAACCAGGCUGUGCAACAGCUGUGGCGGACAGAAGUCAAAGCAGAAUCUGUUUAUGCUGUCUGAUAUUUGUGGGGCAAAAUCCCGUCUGGGUGGGUAGUGCUAGUUGCCACACGGUUGUUAUGUGACAAAAUUCCAGUAUUGGAAGUAGCACUCUCAGACUCACAGGCUGAGCUGGGCAGUGCUGUGCUGAAGCUUCAACGUUGUAUUGAAGCAUCUGUGCUUGAGGCAUAUCCUCUUCUUGUGCUGUACUUGCGUGCACUGCCAUGACUUUUAUAACCUUUAGAGGAUGCAUUUUCCUGUUCUGCUACUUCAUUCAUGAUGUGUCUGCGACACAAUUGUUAAAUUUCUUGAUUAGAUGAAGACCGGAAUUCAGAGUGUUCGUGGUUUCUAUAGGCAUUUUCUAAUGCCUACUCAUGACUUCUUUGUAUGGAACAGAUGUCUGCACAGUGAGAAACCUGACAUUUGAUAAAGAUUUAUUUCUUAAAUGGCAACGUGAGCUGCUGUAACAGUGACUGCACAAAAGACUCCUGUAAGAAUUACUGAAACAGAAUUUUUAAACUAUUUUUGCUUAAAUAUUUGGUAUCAAAGAGGGUAUUUAAUAAAGGACAUUACAAAGAAGUA